AUGUCCCUGGCCCUUAACUCCAGACAACUCCCUCCCUGCUCUCAGUUACUCCAUGCAUCAUCAACAACCUCAUCCCCAAGUGAGACCACCACUCCCUCUGCAGCGGGUGUCGCCCCAGAGGUGACCCUGACAGAGUCCGCCACCCCCUCGACGUCGCACCACAACUCCAGCAUUAACCGUAGGGGCAAGACUCAGGAAUCGAACGAACCUAUACUUUUUGACGACCUUGCCAACCGCGACUCUGAACAGGGGCCCCGCCCUUCUGAGGACGAUGAUCUAGAGCGUGGUGUGCAGGAGAUUACGGUCGCGAUGAACGAGCCAAACGGAUCGUUAGCUGGACUGACGACGGACGAGGCUAUCACGAAACUUAUCGAUCUGGCCAUCGAAGUCCUUGACAAGUACCACACCCCCGCAACGAAUAUGCAGCACUUUGUCAAGUACAUCACCUCAGUCCCUUCAAUUACCUCCAUUAUCGCCAUUCUCGGCCUGCUCAUCUUUUACGUUUACGGCACUCUCAACGCAUCACCACGGCAGUUUCGACUCACAGGGACCAUUGUCGAAAUCGCCAUUCUUGCCACUAUCUUUAUCUGGAAUGCAUUUAUCCACAGGCGCGACCUUCAACUCCGAGGUCGGGAAGUCAAGGAUCGCGUUCGAGGUGUGAUCCUAGAACUGGAGACCAUCAGAGUGCAGCCCGGCCAGGAGCUUAAAAUCCCGUCGAUCCCGUCGGUCAGCACUGUCAGGGUUAUCCGUUCAGGCAUUGUCAGGACAUUGCCUAGUAAUUUGAUUGUGAAAGGCGACUUGGUCGAGAUGGUCUACGGCGAUGCGGCUCCUUGCAACAUCCUCUGCACCUUGUCCAAACACGGAGUCGAGAGCACCAGUCAGACACUACACCCACAGCAUCACCACCAUCAUCGCCAUUCGCACUCUCGCAGGUCCUCUCCCACCAGGGAGUUUUUUCUCAGUAGGAGAGAAAUCUUUCAGCCAUCAUUAUUCGGGAAUCCACCCUCGGAGGUGUGGCAGAAGCGUCAUCACGAACUUCGGGGACGAUACACAUUUGAGGUCCUGGAGACGCCGCUGGAGCAAAUUCUUCAUACGGCAUUGGAUCCAACACCCCGACCCAACAGUUUGAUUCAGAAGCAGCUCCUUGUCAUCUCUAGGAUAAUAUUUUUCAAGGUCGUUAUGGCGAUUGCUCUCCUGGCGCUUGUGAUCAACCUUUUACGCUAUGUCCUCAAGGAGGUUCUACAACUGAAUCACCCUUCUCAAGGGCCUGAACAACUACUCGCACUGCCUAUCUACGCCGUCCUGCCUCUUUUACCGCUCUCGCUGCCAACACUACUUCAGUUCUCCAAGGCGUUCACCAACGCGACCAUCCUAGUCCUAUUCAACACCCUUCAGAUCUCCAAGACCGAGUACGAGGAUGAGAAAGAUGUCGACGAAUUUGAUGUUGAGGCGCCCCCGCCCACCAAAAACGUCGACAUUGCUCGGAAGGAGGUCUGGAAACGGUUUUGGCGACUGUUGACGAGAUGGGGCAAUAGUGGACAGGAUUUUGAUGACGGCUUGACACGGAGUACCAACUUGGUAGAGAGUUUGGGAGGGAUCACCGUCAUUUGCAGUAUCGACAAGGAAGGAACCAUUGCCACUGCAUUCCCGGCAGUUGAGCAGCUUUUGGUUGCAAAAGAAGAUGAGGACACGGUUGUGCUGGAUGUUUUGGAGGACGAUCUGUCACCAAAUGGACUCCGGUUCGAGGACAAGGACUGGGAGAGUUAUAUUCAGUCGCUCAAACCCAUCGGAUUGAACCAGCUUCUCAACACCAACUGCAGCACACUCUCGGCGGUCCGGCGACGGGAAUCUCACCGAAAAUGCAACACUCUCCAUUACCAUUGCAAGACGAGGGCGGCUCAGCAGACUUGCCUCUGUCGACUGGGCAAGGAGAUUGGAUUCACCAGUGAAGCACUCCGCCCGUUCACGCUUCAAAAGGAGAUUUUUUGCUAUCACCCCUAUGUCCCUAUGCCGCCAAUGACCUUUGGCAAACUGACAACAUUCGAGAUCCCAACCAUGAUCAGUACAAUCUACCACGAGGGUGCCGGCGACGGUUAUAUGGUUUUGACGGACGGUCAUGUCGAGUGUGUUGUGGAGUGCUGCACAGAGUAUUGGGAUGGCACCGGGCUUCAGGACCUUAACGACGCUAUGCUGAAAAAGAUCUCGGAUUUCUAUCAGACGGCAGUUGUCAAUGACUUGCAGUGUGUCGCCUACGCUUACCGACCCUUGGCGAUUGAAAAGGGUCCUCAGCCACUGGACUUUAACUCUUCCGCAAAUGGAUUCAUCACAUUGCCCUUACGAGUGCUUCCUGAGACAGACAACAAAGUCGACCCUCAAUCUUCUGACAGCGGGCACCUUUCGAGUCAAGGACAUGAUGAGAUCGAGGAAGACCCUAUUCCAGUGACUAUGCAACGGUCGGGCCAGGGCCGCAAGAUGGACUUGAGCAGUUUGCCCGAUCCGGUCAACAUUGUGAUUCAUAUCGGUGGCGAUAGCGACGUCGAGGAUGAAGAGCAGGACAUUGGGGCGUCGGUCGAGGAUCAAGGCGUGAGCACAGCCAAGAUCGACACAGGACCAUUGCAGAGGUGGCGAAGAUUGCGGGAAAUGGACUUGGCGCAAGCUGAAAACGAGGAGGAGGGGUCAGAGGAACAUCUUGAUUCCACGCUACAGGUCGAUUCUCAGGAGUUUAUUGAAGAGGCGAUCCAAGGUCAGAUCUUCCUUGGCAUGACCACCCUUGCUCACCAACCCAAAACGAACGUGUGCGAUUUUAUUGAGGAUUUGGGGCUGGCUGGAAUUCGGUUCGUAUACUUUUCACCUGCGAGCGAGAGGGAGAGCAAAGCGUUUGCAGAUCGCUUGGGGUUAGAGACGGACUGGAACAGCUGUAUUCUCUUGUCGUCGGCAUCGGACCCAUUUGGCGCCAGCACAGGAUACUUGGAGUCGUAUGACAUCAAGGCUCAGCUGCCACGGGGAAUUGAAAACAUCCGCCCCCAUCUUGAGGCCGUGGACGAUAUCCCUCUGCACGUUUCUCUAUUUGCGGAAUGUGGUCCUGAGGCAGCGACGGAAAUGAUCAAGAUCUUCCAGGAUUAUGGCGAAGUCGUCUGCUGUAUCGGAAGCUCACUCAACAUCAACAACACCGCCGCCUUCGCUAAGGCGGAUAUUAGUGUUGGCAUGGAACCGAUUAAAAUGAACUCGAGCCCAGAGUCGCGUUCGGCCUUCUCGCUUGGCGCCAAAAUCAACAGUCUGCCAUGUGGUCUUACCAUGCACAGUGAAACAAGUUUGUACGCGUUGACUCAGGUUGUCCGUGAAGCCCGUCGACUUUUGAACUCACAACGCCAGGGUGUGGUGUUCAUGAUUGCUUCUUUCAUGUCAGUCUCCUUACUGCUCCUGAUCUCGUACUGCUUCCUGUUGCCACCAGCCAUGACGGGAUACCAAAUCCUUUGGGUUAUGUGGGUCAUUGUCCCACUCUUGAUUCUCUCCUACUUUUUCUCACCUCACGAGCCAGAUACCAUGACCAUGAUGCCCAGCAAGAAUAUGUCGCCACUUCGCGAUCUCCCACGCUUCAUCUAUUACUUCCUUGCACGGUUUAUCCUCCCCACCGGAAUCUCGCUACAUAUAUAUGACGGCCAGGAAGGAUACCACUUUUUGUUCAACAGUUUCGGGAACGGGACGCCUUGGCUGCAGUGGUCAGUGAAUGAGCAGUGGGCACUGCUGUAUGCCCAGAACUAUACUAUGAUCAUUUGGGUCUGGUACAUGGUUUGGAUGUCCAGCACGUUCAUGAGCCGCGCCCUUUCCCUCCGCUCAUUCCAGCCCUGGAAGAACCGUACCUGGAUCGGCGCUUGCAUUGUUUGCCUGGCGCUGCAGUUUGUGUUCUGUGCAGUGUCGCUGUUCAGGGGCCCACAUAAGGUGAAUGAUGUUCCCUGGUGGCUGUUUGUGAUCUCGUUCCUCUGGCCGAUCGUGUUCAUACCGAUCCAGGAGGUCGUCAAGGCCCGCGAUCUGAAAGAGUGUAUCCGUGCUCAAAAGCUGGCCAAACUUGAGUUCAACACCAAACUCGGCAUGCAUUCCCCUCUGUAA